GCCGAGCCCACAGCGACCAUGAGGCUGGUGCUGAUCCUCAGUGCCCUCCUGGGGGCCUGCCUGAGCCUGGAGACCUUCGUGGGGCACCAAGUUCUCCGCAUCAACCCCCAAAAUGAGGAGCAGCUCGGGCAGCUGCAGAUCCUGGAGUCGCUGGAGCAUCUCGAGCUGGAUUUCUGGAUAAACCCCUCCACCCCCGCCCUCCCCGUGGACGUGAGAAUUCCUGCCAGCAAUGUCCAGUCGGUCAAAGCCUUCCUGGAAUCCCAGGGGAUCAGCUAUUCCAUCCUGAUCGAGGACCUGCAGGAUGUUCUGGACAAGGAAAAGCAGGACAUGGCCGAGAGCGCCCAGAGGGAGCGAGGCACCAACUUUGACUUCGGCUCCUACCACACCCUGGACGAUAUUUAUGCGGAGCUGGACCACCUUGCCUCCGAGCACAGCUUCGUGGAGAAGAUCCAGAUCGGGGAGUCCUACGAGAAGCGUCCCCUCUACGCCCUGAAGUUCAGCACCGGCGGCUCCGCCCGCCCGGCCAUCUGGCUCGACGCCGGCAUCCACUCCCGCGAGUGGGUCACCCAGGCCAGCGCCCUCUGGAUCGCCAACCAGAUUGCCUCUGGCUACGGAACAGACUCCUUCGUCACCUCCCUGCUGGACAAGAUGGACCUUUUCCUGCUGCCAGUGGCCAACCCUGAUGGCUUUGUGUACACCCACACCUCGAACCGCAUGUGGAGGAAGACGCGCUCCAAGAACCCGGGCAGCGUGUGCUACGGGGUGGAUCCCAACAGGAACUGGGACGCAGGCUUUGGAGGUCCCGGGGCCAGCAACAAGCCCUGCUCCGACUCCUACCACGGCCCCAGCGCCAACUCCGAGGUGGAGGUCAGAUCUGUCGCUGACUUCAUCAAGAACCACGGCAACUUCAAGGCCUUCCUGACCCUCCACAGCUACUCCCAGCUCCUGAUGUAUCCCUACGGGUACAAGUGCACCAGGCCCGACGACUACGCCGAGCUGGUGAGACACAAACCCUGCCCUGGCCGCUCCUUCCCGGGCUCUCCACACCCCAGGCCCUUCCCUAACAACAGCAACCAGGCCAGCGGGGGCAGCAUCGACUGGGCCUACGACCAGGGCAUCAAAUACUCCUUCGCCUUCGAGCUGCGCGACACGGGGCGUUACGGGUUCCUCCUGCCCGCCAACCAGAUCGUCCCCGCCGCCACCGAGACCUGGAUGGGCCUCAAGAAGAUCAUGGAGCACGUCCUGAAGAAGCAGAACUGA